AUGGCACCGCAACAGGAUAUUCCAGUUGCAGCUAACGUACUUGGUUGGACUAAUUGGAGGACUAAAAAGACUGAUGGCUUACCUGGCUCUAUGAUGUACCUAUGGGCUCUGUGUGGCGUGCCUUUUGGGGCCUAUAAUAUCGCACAGAGGUUCAAUUACCCUCUACAGGUACAGCCACAGGCCUUUAUGGCACUAUGCCUUGUAAAUUGGUGUCAGAUACUGCUAUACAAUAGCAAGUACACCCUUUGGAAGGUCAUUCUUAUAGGCCUGGCUAAUGCCGCAGUCUUUGCGGGGGUCCAAGCGGCAUUGAUCUUAACAUUACAGCCAUUAUAUGAUGCCGGAAACGAUACAGGAGUCUUGGUAGUUGGUAUUGUUGCCAACAUUCUCCUAGCAGCUGGCUUGUUGCCACCGUACGGAGAAAUCUGGAAACGCAGAGGAAGAGUUAUUGGGAUCAAUUUCAUCUUUCUCUCAAUGGAUUGGUUCGGUGCAUUCUUUUCUCUCAUGUCACUUGCUGCUCAAAACAGCUUUGACAUCUUAGGUGGCGUAUUAUACAUCGUAUGCAUAGUACUAGAAACCGGGAUAUUUAUUUCGCAUAUCAUCUGGUUAUUCCGCACCCGCAAACUGAGGAAGGAGGCGGCAUCGAACGGGAAGACUUUUGACGAUAUUAUGGCUGAGCAUGAGGAGCAGGGCAUACCUUUCAAAUUUUCUGAGCGUAAAUUCCUAAAAAAGAAUAACGAGAAGCAAAAUGAUGAUGUAGAGAUGGGCGUUACCAGAGACGAUACGAAAUCAAGAAGCGAGGCGCAGCAACGGUUAGACGUCGGGGAUGUCCACGAUCACAUCCCGGCAUUAGGAACCCAGGCCAAGGAAGAAGAUCCAUAA